UCAAAACAAAUCAAUGUCAUGUCAUUAUGUAUUCGGAGGGUAGUAUUAUUAACGUUUUCAAAACUUUGUACAAUUUCAAGGAUACUGGUAAAUUCAAGGAUGCCUUUUUAUGCUGUUGCUAAAGGUCGUAUGUCUGGAAUUUUUAUGACAUGGCCUGAUUGUGAAGCCCAAGUGAAGGGUUUUCCUGGAGCUCGUUAUAAAAAGUUUGAUUCUGCAGCUGGUGCUCAAAACUUUAUAGAAACUGAAGGCGAUGGCGGAAGCAAACCUACAACCAAAGGUAAAAAAACAUCGAAAGCAUAUCCUCCGGUUCCGGAAGCAGGUACUACUAAUAACCUAAAUUCGCUGAAGCGGCCUAUUUCUUCAUCGGCGAGUUCGGCGACGAUAUGUGCUAAUCCUAAAAGUAAGAAAACUUCUACGAAAUCUAGUAAACAGAAAUCCAAAAAGUCUUCCAGCGACGAAGAAUCGGACACGUUCACAGACGAAGACGAUCUGAACACAAUUUUGGUGAAGCAAUUAGAUGACGUCGAGAAAAGGCUAAAGGGCUUUGAAAAGAGCGUGGACAAGAUCAUUAAAAAGAGCCAAGCGUCUGGUCGUAAAACUAUUUUGAUAGAACCACCCGAGACUAAACGACGUAAGAGUAAUAAUUUGGACUUCGAAAUGGACAGAAACGGUUAUGCUCAAGUAUAUACGGAUGGAGCAUGCUCGUCUAACGGGCGUGAUGGCGCCCGCGCCGGUAUUGGCGUCUAUUGGGGACCUGCUCAUCCACUGAAUGUCAGUGAACCGGUUUCAGGACGAGCCACUAACAAUUCUGGUGAAAUUCAAGCUGCCACAAGAGCUAUCCAGCAAGCUGCUGACAAUGGUAUGACCAAAUUAACCAUAAAUACCGACUCCAAGUUUCUGAUUGAUUCUGCAACAAAAUGGAUGCCAGGUUGGAAGCAAAAUGGUUGGACUCUUAAGUCUGGUGGGCCAGUGAAGAAUCAAAGUGACUUUAAGGAGCUAGAUCGUGCUCAGAGGAAUGUGGAUGUCAAGUGGAAUUAUGUUGAAGCGCAUCGUGGAGUUCAUGGCAAUGAAAUGGCUGAUCGGCUGGCUAAGGAGGGUGCCUCAAGGUACCAGGGUAACUCUGGAAAUAGAUAUGGAAACAAUUCCAGAUAUGGAAAUAACUCCUAUGAUGAUUACUAAAUUUUUAUUUUGUGAAGAUGGGAGAGACCUUUAUAAAGGCCAUUAUUACUAGGUUAAGCAUUAUUUUCUUUACUUGAGCUCAUUAGUGUUGAUCAUAUUUUUUAAAUAGCAAACAUUAUAUUCACAUUACAAGGCCAGCUACAUGAUAGAAACAAGUUUCUGUGUGUACAUUCCAAUGAUGAUUAAGAGAUUUUUUCUAAAAUUAGACUACCAAGCAUUGUUUUUCAUAUCAGACUUUCAAAUUCUGUUGAUAUGCCUGCUUAUGUAUGUGUGUCAUAUUAGUGUAUUAAUUGUUGAACUAAAAUUGUGUUGCUAAAACACUUAGGUUGCACAUAUCCAGUCAGAAUCGAAUAAUCUUUUUUUAAUUGUCAUGUGUAUCUGGUGAACAGUCUGUGUCUGUAUUGUUUGCUGAUACCUAUUAAACAAACUGUAAUGUCGUUAUUUCAGUUACAGAAUGACUGAUAAUGUGAUCAAACCUUCCCAAUGUUAACUCAUAUUAUUUUAUUAUGUUUUUAGUGUUAAGUGUUUGUGUUAUUUCAUUGCUUACUUAUAAAAAGUUAUUGUAUCACUUAAAAUGUAAUAAAAGUUUAAUUUUCUUAAA